GUAGCUUCUUGUAAUUUAAAUAUAUUUUUUUGUCAUAUAUAUUAUUGUAGGUAUAAAUUUUACCUCUUUUUUCCUUCUCUCUCCCACCAAUAUAUACAUAUGUACCUAUGAGUACGUUUGUGUGUGUGUGGAUUUAUUCCCGCGUUUUUUCCCUCAACAAAUUACUAAUUAACACAAUUGAUUUGACACAAUCAAUUAUUAUCUAGUGCAUGUGUAUAUAUGUAUAUAAAUACAAUUGUACCGUAACAUUAUUACCGCAGUUGAAUUUUUUUUUUUUUUGCUCAUUGUCACAAACAGUUUUGAUAAGCUCAAAGUAUUAUUCAACUUAUUUUUUGUGACUUUUAUUUUUUGGGGUUAAGUUUAUUAUUAGAAAGUGAAAUAGACAAUAAAAUAUAUAUAUUUUUUUUUUUCAAAAAAUCAUAGGCCAUAGCUUCAUAAAUAAAAUAAUAAUAUUAAUUUUCUAAAUUAUAUUUAUAAUAUUUCAAAUAACAAUAAUAAUAAUUCAAGUAUAGGUAUAUCUGGCAAAUGGCGUUUAGCAAGCAUUGACAAAAAAAGAAAAAAACAAAAUCAAACAAAACGUUAAAUUUACAUAUUUACAUAGUCAACAUGUGUAGCUAAGGAAAAUAAUAAUAAUAAUAAUCACCAAAUGACACACAACAUUCAACAUAUAGCUAUAUACCUAUAAGAAUAUUAACAAAAUAAAUAUGCCACGACACGAAAGUGGUGAUAAAUCUACUCAAAAAAGUAGCAACAACAAUAAAAAUAAAAAAAAUAAUAACAAUAAUGUUGAUGAAAAAGCUUGUGUAUUUUGUAAUUCAAGUGAUGAUGAUGAGCUUAAAUUUGGUAAAAUAUAUGAGCACAAUGGACUUGUAACACAUUAUUAUUGUUUAUUAUUAUCAUCAAAUAUGCAACAAAGAGGUGAAGAUGAAGAUGGUAUAUUAGGUUUUCUUGCUGAUGAUAUACAAAAAGAAUUACGAAGAGGUAAAAGAUUAUAUUGUUCAUAUUGCAAAAGAAAUGGUGCAACUCUUGGAUGUUGUAAUACAAAAUGUAAAAGAAUAUUUCAUUAUCCAUGUGGUUUAAAAGCUGGUUCACUUCAUCAAUUUUUUGGUGAAUUUAGAUCAUAUUGUGUUAGUCAUCGUCCAAGAAAUAAAGCUGAAGAACGUUUUAAUGCAUCACUUGAUGUUGAUUUAUCAUCAACAUCAUUAUCAUCAUCAUCAUCAUCAUCAUCAAUAACACAUGAAAAUUCAACUUGUUAUAUUUGUUUAGAAACAGUUAAACGUUCUGAUAAAUUUCAAACAUUAUGGGCACCAUGUUGUAAAAAAAAUGCAUGGUUUCAUCGUAAUUGUGUACAACGAUUAGCAAUGAGUGCUGGUUAUUUUUUUAAAUGUCCAUUAUGUAAUAAUAAAAAAGAAUUUCAAAAAGCUAUGCUUGAUAGAGGUAUAUUUAUACCAUGUCAAGAUGCAUCAUGGGAAUUGGUACCACAUGCAUUUGAAGAACUUUUAUAUAGACACAAUAGAUGUGAUGCUAAAUUAUGUCGUUGUCCAAAAGGCAGAAGUUAUUCAAUAUCAAAUGCUAAAUGGGAUUUAAUACUUUGUCGUACAUGUGGAUCACAAGGUAUACAUGUUGAAUGUGGUAAAUUAAAAUGGUUACAUCCAUUGUGGGAUUGUACUGAGUGUUCAUCAAUAUUAAAUAAAAAUAAUGAUAAUAAUUCAAGUCGUUUUAACGAUACAUCAACAUCAUCAUCAUCGUCAUCAUCGUCAUCAAAUAUAUUUUCUACUACGACCACUACUAUCACCAACAACAACAACAACAACAACAAUAUAUCUGAAGAUAGUGAUUCUGAUAUAUCAGUUGGUGUUGAUACACCAAUGUUUGAUUAUUCAUUACAAAAUAAAAAUAAUAUACCAAUUAAAAUACGUCCUGGGCCACGUUCAUUUAAAUUAAAACAACAAGAAAUUAAUUGUCAAAAUAAAAAUGGAUGUAACAGUACAUUUAUUGGUCCUCGUCCAGAAACAUCAUCAGAUUCUGAUUCAUCAAAUGAAACACCUUCUAAUGAAAAUACAAAAAAAAUUAUUAAUAACGAUAUUAUUGUUAUUGAUAGUGAUGAUGAAUCAUCUAUUAAAAAAACACCAUCUAUUAAUAAUAAUAAUAAUAAUAAUAAUGAAGAAAAUGAUGAUGAUGAUGAUGAUGAUGACAAUACUCCACCUGAUGACAAUACUACAUCUGAAAUAAUUUCAUCAGCUGAUAAAACUAUUGAAAAUAAUGUUGAUAAUAGUGAACAAGCUCCAGAAAUUUAUGAUACACCAGAUGAAAUAAUUCAACAAUCAAAAAAACGUAAAACAGGACCAUCAAAAUCACGUAAAUCAUCAUCAUCAUCAUUGAAAAGACGUAAAUCAUCUUUAGCAGUUGAUGAAUUAUCAUCUUGUGAUAUUUAUACAUCACCACCACCACCAUCAAAAGCUGUUGAAUUACCUUCUGAAAUAUGUGCACCAUCUUUAGAAGCUUUGGUAAGUUCUCUUGAAAUACGUACACCAUCACCAUCAAAAGCUGUAGAAUCUUGUCUUGAAGAAACACUUGCAUCAUCAUCAUCAUCAAAAUGUGUAGAAACGAUUGAAAUACCUACUAAUGUUGUUGAACAAUCAACAAUGACUAACAAUGAUUUAAUGGCUAUUAAUAUUCCUAAAAUAAAUGAAUCAACUCAAACACUUUCUUAUUUUGCUGAACCAAUUAUCUCUGUACCCAUUGUUCAUGAAAAAAUCAACAAUAUUUUACCAACAAUGAAUAUACAAAUUACAAAUGUCACAUCUUUACCUCCUGAAGUUUUUGAUUGGACUCCAGAAACAUCAACAUCAACAUUAAUACCACAAAUAAAUAAUAUUGAAAAACCAAUUGUUGUUGAAGAAAAAAUAAGAGAAAAAUAUUCACCUGAAAUUGAAGAUAUUACACAAGAGCCAAUUACUGAAAAUUCACAACAAUUAUCAACUCAAAAUACAUCAGAACCAAUGGAAAUUGAACAAGUUUUUAGAAAAAAUUUAUCUGUUUUACAUAUGCUAGAAUCAAAUCAAGUAAAAAAUAAAUUAUAUGAAAUAUCAAAUGGAAUUAAACAAGUUGAAAAUGAAAUAAAUAAUGAUAAUAAUAAUGUACAAGUUAAUCAGAGUAAAGAAAAUCAAAUAAUAGUUGAUAUAGAUGAUGAACUUGAUGAAUCCAUCAAUAAAGAAAAAAAUAAAGUUACAAGUCAAUUGAAUGAACCAGCAUAUGACUCUAUGACAGAUCAAGUAAAUAAAGAACCAAUUAAUAUUGAACUUGAUGACACUUUGAAUGAGACACACGAAAACCAACAACAUGAAGAAAAAAAUAUGCUGCAAACUAAUGAAAAUGACGAUGAAAUACAAGAAAUUUUAAAUGAUAAAAAUAAAGUUGAUACUGUUCAACAAGAAGAAAUUAAAAUCCAUGAAAAUGAAAAUAAAAAAGUAAAAAAUCAUAAUCAAAUUAUAGAAAAUAAAAAUCAAGUUUUAGAAAUUACAGAAAGUAAUAAAAAUUUAAAUGAUAAUUCAUCGUCAUCAAAAAGAAAAUUAAAUACAGAAGAAGUAGAAUGUAUAGAAUGGGCAUCAAAUAAACCUGAUGAAGUUGUUAUUUCACCUGAAAAAAAUAUUAAAGUAGAACAACAAUCAACUAAAAGAAGAAAAACUCAUCAUUCAUAUGUUUAUUCAAGAAGUAGAAAAAAAUCAACAACAACAACAACAACAAAUCAACAAACAAUAAAUAACAAUCAUCAACAACAACAACAACAACAAAUAAUACAAAAAAAUAUUCCAAGUAUUUAUAAAAAUGGUAUAUCACUUGAUAAAGCUGCUUUUAUAAAUGUUUUGGGAAAUAAUUUUGUUGUACCACUAGAUGUCAUAGAUUCAAAAGUCAAUGAAACAGCAUCAUCAUCUACAUCAUCAUCUACAUCUACAAUAUUAAACUACGACGGAGAUGCAGGCACCACGCCUGAUGAUGAAUCCAGACCAAAAAAAUACGACAAACGAGGAAUUGGAAAUAACGAAAAUUGUACACAAAAAAUCAAUCAACAAUUCAACAUUGACGACAUUUUCCAAAAAGAGCUAUCAUCGACAAGACCCAAUAAUUGUGCAACUCGAUUAAUGAAUAACAAAAUUUUGCUGAAAAAUUUAAAAUUUAAAGUCAAUUCAAAUGACAAUCUCAAGAUAAUUAUCAGUAAAACUUGUUCAAUAAACAUCAACAUUGAGUCUAUGAGUAAAUCUAAAAAAUUAAUAAAACCAAUUAAAUCAUCUACUGAUGAAUCAUCAUCAUCAUCAUCAUCAUCAUCGGCAUCGUCAUUAAUAAUAUUACCAAAUCAAAUAAAAAAUCAACAAAUUAAUCAAUUCAACUUGACAAAUAAUAAUAAUAAUAAUAAUAAUUGUCGUUCACGUUCAUCAAAAUUUAAAAAUGAUGCAGUUAAAGAAAAUCUUGCUCCACAUAAAAAUAAUGAUUUAAUUGAAAAAAGUCCAGUUAAAGAUAAAAAAAUAAAUCAACUUCGUGAUAGUAGUAAUGAUUCAACAAAUUCUGAUGAUGGCCUUAGGGAGAAUAUUUUUUUUAAAACAAAUAAUAUUUGUAAUGAAAAAAUUAUUCAAAAUGUUACAAAACCAAAGAAAAAUAUUAUAAAUAAUAUAAAAAAUAUAAUUUCAGGUGAUUUUAAUAAUAAUAAUAAUAACAACAACAAUUAUCGUUUUAUUGUUAGUAUUGAUUUGAGUAAAAUACCAUCGUUCGUUGAAUCGAAUCCAGAUAUAUUUAAAAAUAAUAACAAAAAUUUAAAAAAACAAAAAAAAUUAUUACAUCGUUCUAAAAGCAUGAAUGAUUUAAAUAAUUUAUUAUCAAAUAAUAGCAAUAAUAUUUUAAUAAAACGAACAUCAAGCUAUGACUCAAUAACAACAAUUUUAACAAAAAAAAUUAAAAACGAUAAAUAUUUAAAUUCCAUUGACACGACAAAACAAAUAAUUAAAAAUAAAAAAAUACAUAGUUUUGAAAAUCACAGCUGUGUUAGAUAGUUACUUAAUAAGUUAAUUUUUUUUUUUUUUUUUUUUUUAUAUUUUUAAGAGUGCCAAAUAACAGCGACAAAUAUCAUGUUUUGUAAAUUAAUUUUUUUUUUUUUCAUAUAAAAUUAAGAAUUUUCAACUUACUUUUUAUAUUUAUAAAUAACACAAAAAAAAUGAACUUGAUUGGUUAAAAAUUGCAUGUAAAUUAUCACUUGACUGUUAAUCGAUUUUAUAUUUAAAAAAAAAAAAAAAAAACUGUACAGCUAGUUAGAUAGAUAGUAAAAAAGAAACAAUGUUAAAAGCAUGUGUGAUGUGACAAGUUGCCUGGUUCUUGAAUAGAGACUAUUUACUUUUAUAUAAAAAAAAAAAAAAAAAAAAUGUAUAUCACAAGGUGUAUCAUGUUUAUUUUCCAUAUUUUAAGUUUACAAGUAGACAAAAGAAACAGUAUCACCCUCUUGAAACCAUAAUAAACCAUAACAAACUGACAAUGUAUCUACAAUAGUCAGCAUAUGCAUAUUUCCCCAAGCAAGAAAAUAAUAUUUUCCCUCAAUAUUUCCAAGAAUAAAAUUGCAAAAUAAUAAUACAACCCCUUGUAUAUAUUAUUAUGAGUUUCCCUUUACUACCCCAACACAACAAUUCACCCUUUGAAAAUGUCAAGCGAUGCUAUUAUCAAAUCAAUAUCAAUUAUGUUAUUAUCAACUCGAGAAUAUAGACAUCUUAUUUUCACAUGAAAAAACAUUUAAUUAUACCUUUUUAUUAUUCAAAAAAAAAAAGAAAAAAA